AUGGUGCCAAAGACAGACAGAGUGAAAUUCUGGCCACACCCACAAGGAAACUCCUGUCAGGCAGAGUUGGGAGGCUGUCAGUCGGCAUCAGAGCACCGCACAGGGGAGCACGAGCAGUCUCCAGAUUUCCAGCAAAACAAAGAGGAGAGUCCUGCUUCACUGGAGAAACUACGGCAGCUGAUAGAAGAAAAGAUUCACUUCCUUAAAUCGUCCAUUGCUGGUGACUAUCAGGGUUUGGUGUGUAAGGAGACCACAGGAAGAGAGGGACUGUUGGGGUUUGUUGUUCUGAGCCAGGACUUGACCUUUCACCUCCAGCAGCUGCAGAGACAGACAGAGCAGGAGCUCAGCAACAUACAAACACAACUCUUUCAGAUUGAAGGCCGCCAGCAGCUGCUGACCACUGAGCUGUUGGAUCUUCAGGAAAGGAAGAAACAGACGGAACGAGAGCUGAAGAAAAGCUCCUGCCUUCAGACAUCCACGCUUCAGUUGUGUGCUUGUCGGGAGCUUCAGGCCUCAAUCUCUCAGUGUUUGGUCCAGUCUGAGAAGCUGGUGUUCCAGAAGAAGGCACUGAGCACGCUCCGUAAUUUACUGACCCAAGACCUGCAAAGGUACCAGGAAGAGACGGAGAGCCUGGCCCACUUCACAGGGAAAAUACUCGGAAAACCUCACAGGGCAGAGUCGGAGGAAACCUUCACCAGCAGGCAGAGCGAGGCCAGCAUGCAGGGAAAGAGCGAGACAGGAAACAUGCACUCAUCCGAGUCUUCCACGCAAUCACCUCUUAGUCCUCAGCAGACCACCACCAAAGAAGAGUCACAGCAGGCCAGGAGAGCCAGUUAUAAGAGACCAGCAGGCCUGACUCGCAGUUCAAAUCUGCAACGAGCAGGCAGCAUCAAAGACCUGAUUACAAGGUUCUCAGGUCCGGAUCACCAGGUCUCACCUUCCGGUUCUCCACAGAGCCCUGUAUUGGGAGCAGGACGAGUCCAAAAGUCGGCUUCGAUGGGGGCUUUGGAGUCUCCAGAGUUAAAGUCAAGUCCAGCCAUGCUGAUUGGUGCCGGUCGAGAUGGAAGUUCUGUUCCCAACAUCAGUGUAAUUCCACCCUCCACGGAAGCCACUCAGAAUGGAGUGGAACCAGUUCAGAACAGAAGCAGUCAGAUAAUGUCAAGAAUUGAUUGUCCAGUAGGGGGCAGCACCGAGAAGACUAAUUCAGAAUCGAGAAGCCAGACAAACACUGGUAGAGACUCAGUGGCCGACUCUGGCAUGGGAUCGGAGUCUGAACUGGAUUCAAGCAAGCAGCCAGACAGCCCAUCAGAGGAUGAGCCCUCCACGCCCAAAGCGACGACAUUCAACCAGAACCCGAAAUAUCAACUGUACCUCAACAACGAUCUGAAGACCAACGGGUUGAGUGGCAGGGAUGCAAAUGGUCCAGGAAGCAGCGGAGGGUCAGUCGGGGAGAACGGCCCCAGGCUGUCCCGAUGGGAGACCACCCGGAUCGGGGCGAACAACUUCAGAGGAUCCCUGGAGUGUUUGGCCUCGCGAGACUGGGACACUAUGUCUGACAGGUUGGGUGUCAUUGACGGCCCCCCCAGAGUGUUCAACAGUCCCUACUCCCAAGCCACCUCUUUGGACUACAACCCCUCGUUCCGAAUGUCCGACAUUAAGGGUAGGCUGUCUCCCGCCACCUCCGAGAUGAACCUGUACACCUUCAACAGUCGCAGCACGAGUCCGGUGGGCAUACAGAUGCCAACCGCCCCCACCCCGCGCCCUCGCUUCUCCGCUUACGACACUCUGGUGAGGAGAAGGUCUGAGGUCAACAACACGGUGGCGCCCACACACUACAGCAUGCGCUCUGCCACUUUGGGGGCACCUAAUAAGAAAGACUACAUAGAGGAACUGACCAAACAGCUGGACGCCAUCCAGAGGCGCAACCAAUUCCUGGAGGCAGAGAGUGUGGAGAUGGAGAAGGAGAGGAACCAGAUCAGGUUUGAGAUGCGCGGCCUGCUGGUGAACAACGAAGACCUGCUGAGAACCAACACCCAGCUCAACAACGAGCUGAAGAAGAGCAGGGAGCAGAUGAUAGAGAUGGAGAGAGAGAGCCAGUCCUUGGGGGAGCGAUUCAGAGAGAUGGAGAUUGAGGUGAAGCAAGCCAGGGACAUCAUGGUGGAGGCCAACACUCAGGAGUACGCCUUCAACUUCCUCGAGCAGUCGCUCAAAAAUAGGAUCCAGGAUGCUGAGGAGAAUCUGGAAAAGCAGACGCAGCACGCUAAAACUCUGGCUGAGAAGUUGUGGCUGACGGAGAGACAGCUGGAAGAGCUGGAGAGUGACAAAGGCACCAAAGACAAACGGGUGUCUGAGCUGAACAGCACCAUCCUCAGGCUGGAGACCGAGCUGGGUGAGGCUCUGGCAGCAUCCACUCAGGCUAACGCAGAGAUGAGCCUGCAGCAAAAACUGCGCGAGGAUGCCCAGAUGAGAGUGGACGAGCUGGAGGAGUCCCUGCUGGAGAAGGACCAGGAAGUGCAGAAACUGCAGGCCCUCGUGAGCAAACUACAGGGGGAGGUCUCUGGUAAACUCAUCGACAGGGAGCGGUCGCUGGAGGAGGAGAUUCAGUUGAGAGAGAGGCUUCAGCUGCAGUGCAAACAGGCCGAGAGGACGGUGGAUGACCUCACCAUGGAGCUGUACAGCACCAACCAAGCCAGAGAUGACCUGGUCAAACAGCUCAAACAGGCUCAGGAGAAGAUGAUCGACCUGGAGAGCGAUCUGGAGGAGCUGCAUGACAGCGAGCAGAGAUGGGCCGCCAAGCACAAGAGAGCCAUCGAACAGACCGAGCAGCUGCAGCUGAAGCUGAUUCAGCAGAAAGAGUUCAACGACCAGCUGGAAGUUGAGAAAAUAUCCACGGAAAGACAGCUGCGUGAGCUGCGUCUGGAGGUGGAGGAGCUGCAGAGCAACAGAGUUCAGGAGGACGUCAUCACCAAGGCGGAGAACAGAAUCAAGGAAGUGGAGAACUUACUGAGGGCUGAGGAGAGGAACAAAGUGACUCUGACAAACACCAUCAGUAAGCUGGAGAGGAGGAUCAACGAGCUGAGUGAUCAGAUGGAGGAGGAGCACCGGAUUGCUACAGAACAGAAAGACCUGAUGACCCAGAGGAUCCGCUCUCUGAAGCGGCAGCUGAAUGAGGCUGAGGAGGAGGCGAGCAGGAAGGAGGCGCAGUACCGGCACACCCAGAGAGAGCUGGCAGAGGAGAGGGAGACGGCCAGCCGCCUGCAGAGGCAGCUGCUCGACCAACACCUGCAGACCAAGCGUAAGGAGACCAUGACGAUCCGUCAGACUCUGGAUAACCUGAGGCUGGACCUGAGCGACGAAGAUGAGGAUCUGCCACUGGAGCAACGUUCAAAUGUCACUAAAGUCUAAAAACUUUAUCACUCCAAAUUCCCCCAGUAGGAAACCAGUGUGUAUAUAAAUAAGUAGAUAUAAGUUGUUGUUUUUAAAGAGGCUACAUUGAUAAUUUUUAAACAUAGUAAAAGGUAUCAGAAAAUCUACAUUUCUGGUAUUUUCACAAGGACAAAGAAAUCCUGCAAGUGAACACACCAAAAAUAAUCCUUUAUUUUUUCUGGUAGUGCUGUCGUGCUAAAAAAAAAAAAAAAUAACGUUUACUGUGCUCUCUGUGUGCAUGUGCUAAACUGUGUGUUUCCAUGCCCACUGUGUAAACGACCAUUCAGAGGCAAGUAACUCUCAGUUAAUCAUGAUAUUACCUGGAAGUGGACCGUUCAAUUGUUUCUCAUUCCAAAAGCUCUUCCUAAGAAAUUUGUGGACUUAUCGCCCUCUCCUGGUGAUCGCCAUCUAACGCAACGAUGACAGAAUCACCUGGUGAAGGUCCCGCCUCAAUCUGCCCUUUGCCAAAGAAAAUAAACCCACAGGAGUUUGCUGCUGGGGCGUGCUGACGCUUAUACAGCAUCUUAAAGAAGAUGUAGCUGCUGUGACAUCACCUACCUGUCAAAACAGUCACAUCCUUAAAAUGAAUAACUUCUUACAAUUUAAAGCAAGCAGGUUAUAAAAAGGUAAUCUCUACACAGGUUUCAAGAAGGGAACAAUAAGUUGUAGAGAAGAAAACUGCUUUAUAUACACCAGGUUUUAAGCACGCUCAUUUCUGAGGGAAAGUUGGGAAUUUUCAAUGGGGACUGACUCUUCGCGAGCCCGCCCCAAGUGGCCAUUUGAGGAACUGCAGGCGAGGCUGCUGCUCGAUAUUGACCCAUUAAAAGGAAUCAUUAACUGGUGAGAGUACUGACAUAGAAGGGAUUUGAUUAAGUACUAAAGUCUGAGCUUUAAACCAGUAAAUGUUCUAAAUUAUCCAGUUGCUCUGAUGAUGGCAGCAGGACUUUCAUUGGCUCAAUAAAUCAGACUUCUCCAGUAUCUCAGCUUCUUAUUUGAUGGCUCUUUUCUAGCAGUUUUUUCCUAAAGAGGGAUUUUCUGUGCUGGAACACAUUCAUCUGCAGUAUUUGGUUGUUGACAUAUUACAAGAGAAACAGCAAGAUAAAUCUGUGGGAUACAUGAGGGAUCUUUGACUGUAAUUCAGAUCAGCUACAAAGACACCAUUAAGAGAUUAUUUAUAUGAAAUGUUUGUGUGUGCGCGCACGCACGCAUUUGUGUAUCUUAUGUUUGUGAUUUUUAAGAGUUUUGUUUCUUGCAUUUUUUUUAAAUUGCUAGUGGGAAAGCUUUUAAUUUUAGAGAAUAAAAUGCAGGAGGCUUUUAGAGUUCAGUUUCAGGUAUUUGGGGAGUUUGCUGCUGUAUAGGUGUGACCUGCUGUGCCUCCUGCGUAUGAUAUCUGUACAUGAGACAAGGCUCAGAUCAAAAAGAGGAUAAAAUGAAAAAGACGUUUACUCCAGUUGGUUUUACAUGUGCAAAAAUACACAGACAUCUGCAUGUAAUCCUUUUCUUUUAUCCAUGCUGUUAGAUUCACAAAAGAAAACUUUAGAUUUUACCUCAAUUACUUCAUAAUUAUGCAAAAAACAAGAUUUUGUAAUAAAUUCACUGUAACUACAAGGACAGGAGAUCAGAACUUUAACCCUGGUCAUCUUUAGCACAUCAUCUUAAACUUGCAACAUUUUUAAUCUUGUACUAACUUUGUAGUAAUGCAAUUUUUCUUUUGUGAAUCUAUAAUGCACCACCAUACAUGUGCUCUGAUUUUAGAUUCAUAUUUUGCAUAAUUUUAUUUGGAGGAUAGUUUCUAUUUCUAAAAGAAAAACCGAGCAAACAGGUAGAAACAUGCUAGACUGUUGAAUCAAAAUCAAGAGUGGAAUUUUAGGCUCAUUUGAUUGUCAUUCUCAGAUAUUGAUAAUCUUCAAAAAGUAGUUUGAAGGAUGUCCGUUAGAAAUACAUAAAGCUAAUAUUCAGUUGCAAUUUGAAUUUCCUGCUGUUUACAUUUUUUGGUGUAUUUUGCUUGUUUGGAAAGGAGUUAGAAUCACAAGUUUUGUCUAUAACAGAUUGCUGUGUUCAGCUAUAAUUACUACACUACUACAUUUUUUUUUCUCUUGUAGCAAAAGAAAAAGAGGGUAUUUACAGAAGUGUAAAAAGAAAAUAUGCCGACUUAUUUUUGUAACUAUACUUCAUGGUUCAGCUGUUCUUGGGUAUUUAUUUUUCCACAUUCUCUCUUUUGGUGAGAAGUUUCUUAUUACAAGAUAAAAAUAAAUUCU